CCCGCGGCGGCCGCCCGUUGCCAUGGUUGCGGCCGACGAGAUGGCGGACGACGAGGCGCUGCAGCGGCUGUGUGUCUGGUUGGAUCGGAUCCCCUUGUCCCGGCCCAAAAGGAACCUCUCUCGGGACUUCAGCGACGGAGUUCUUGUUGCUGAAAUGGUCAAGUUCUACUUCCCCAGACUGGUGGAGAUGCACAACUAUGUGCCAGCCAAUUCCCUGCAACAAAAGCUCAACAACUGGGGGCAUCUGAACAGGAAGGUGCUGAGCAAGCUGAACUUCUCCGUGCCCAAGGAUGUGAUCCAGAAGAUUGCCCAGUGUACGCCCGGUGUAGUGGAACUGGUGUUGAUUCCACUGCGCCAGCGGCUUGAGGAGAAGCAGAAGCGGAAGAAGCCAGCGACUGGCCCCUCUCAGGACCUCCAGCUAGUGCCUGACAACAACAACUACCUGGACGUGGGUUUCUCUCAGAAGCCCAAGGAUGCUAGGUCCGGACCUGGUAUACCAGACCUUUUGGGAGCUGAGCAGAGGGAAGGCGGGAUCCUGCCAGGGUACAGCCAGGCCCUGCAGGGAGACUCCAGCUUCAUCCUCCAGAUGGCCGAGAAGGACGAGGCUCUGCUGGCCUGCCAGGAGAUGGUGCAGGUCCUACAGAUGAAGGUGCGGCGGCUGGAGCACCUGCUAGAGCUGAAGAAUGUCCGCAUCCAAGACCUGACCCGGCGCCUCCAGCGGGCCGAGAGCCGGCCAUGUUGACUCAGGGCCAGCCCCCGCCCCACCCCCGCAGCGUCCUGGGGUGCCAGGAGCCUCUGCCCUCUUCGGGACCCAGCCCGCCCAAGCGCCCAGAUCCUCUGACUCCUGCCAGACCAAGCCCACCUGAGCGCCCCCAACCGCUGCCGGACCGAGCCCGCCUGAGUGCCUGAACCCUCUGCCUCUGUGGGACCAAGCCUGCCGAGGGCCCGGACCCCUGACCCUUGCACAACUGAGCCCAUCUGAGCACCCAGGCCCCCUGACUCCUGUUGGACCGAACCCGCCCAAGCUCCUGGCCCGCCUGACCCCUGCAGGACCAGGUCUGCCCGAGGGCCCAGAUCCCCUGACCUAUGCUGGACUGAGUCUGCCAGAGUGCCCAGACCCCCUGAAUCCACUGGACCGAGGGCACCUGAGUGCCUGGACUCCAUGACCCCUGCGGGAUCGAGCCUGCCAAUGGGCCCGGACCUCCUGACCCCACUGAACCGAGCCCACCCAAGCUCCCAGGCACCUUGACCCCUGCUGGACUUAGCCUGCCUGAGCGCCCGAACCCCCUGUCCUUGCUGGACCUAGCCCAUCUGAGCUCCUGGACCCUCUGACCUCCGCCGGACCAAGCCCAGCCAAGAGCCCGGACCCCUGAGGGAACAAGCCCGCCCGAGAGCCUGGACCCCGGACCCCUGCCAAGACCGAGCCUCCCCAAGCACCCAGACCUCCUGACCCCUGCUGGACUAAGCCCACCCGAGCUCCCAGGCUCUCUGACUCCUGCCAGACCAAGCCUGCCCAAGCAUUCAGACCCUAUGACCCCCGCAGAACUGAGCCCAGCCAAGCUCCUGGACCCCCUAACCCCUACAGGACCGAGCCCGCCCAAGCCCCGUCCAGGGCAGUUAUUGCCUCCAGAUUGGCCAGCUUUUCCUUCCACUGCUGCUGGGCCAGCCAGAGCCACCAGAGCAGGACCCUAGACCAGUGGGAGGGGUGAGGCCUUUUUGGCGGCUGCGACAGCCGGGCUUAUCACAAGUGCACGGUGGCUGACUCCCUGCUCCCGCCCCCCCCAACCCACACUUCUCCUGGACUGUCCCAGGCCUGAAAAUCUGCAGGAUUGCUCCCCCUAUAAAACAGCAUUUUCCAAAACAUUUCCCAGUGUCUGCAUUCUGUGCAGUCUUCACCAGGGGCAUCUACCACUCCCUUCCCCAGCCAGAACCUGGCCUGAGCCUAGAGCUGUCUAGCACUGGUUCCAGUCACACGCCUUGGUCAAACAGCGCUCCCUUGGCCCUGUGGCCACACAGCCCUCCCCUGGCCCUGGCCCACCCAGCUCUCCUCUGGCCCUGGGCCCACAUAGAUCUCGCUUGACUGUGGACUGACAUAGCUCUUCCCUGUCCGUGAACAAACACAGCUGUCCCCUGGCCCAGGAUCCACACUGCUCUCCUCUGCCCAUAGACCCUCACAGCUCUCCCCUGGCCCAGAGUCCAUUCAUCUCUCCAGUGGUCCUGGGUCCAUACAGCUCUCCCUUGCCUUGGGGUCCACACAGCUCUCCCCUGACCCUGGGCCAAGGGAGCCAUCCCCUGGCCCAGGACCCACCCAGCUCUUUCCCGGCUGUAGAUCCACAUAGCUCUUCCCUGGCCAUAGACGCACAGAGCUCUCCCCUGACCCAGAAUCUACACAGCUCUCCAGUGGUCCUGGGCCCACACAGCUCAAGAGCUGAUCCACAUAGUUCUCCCCUGGCCCAGGGCCCACCCAGCUCUCCCCUGACCCUAGAUCCACCCAGCUCUUCCCUGGCCCUGGGUCCACACAGCUGUCCCCUGACCCCUGGUCCACAUAGUUUUCCCCUGGCCCUGGGUCCUCACAGCUCUCUCCUGGUCCUGGGCAUGGGCAGGAGCAGAGGGAUGUGAUGGGAAACAGAUGUAAGUGGCAGAAGGUGGGGGCCCUCACCUAGAAAAGAGGAUUCUCUUUACUCUCCACCCCACCCUGCCCAGGGCUUGUGGACCCCAGAGAGUAGCUCCUUAAGACUCUGAACAGGGGCAGGGAGAAACUGCUCCUUUGCCUGCCUUGCCGGAGGUCAGAGGUUAAACUAAAUGUGCUGUCAUGCUGUGAGCCCUGCUGGAGACAGGGGCCAGAGGGCAGCAAAGAAUGACAAAGCAAUGGGGGAACAGUUCUCCAGACCAGGGAGCCAUCAACAAAAUAAUCACCAUCCCUCCCUGCCUAGGGCAGUAAUAAAGCCAUCAAUAAAACCUCGUGUUUAACCACUUCC